CAGUGGGCAGGUUUGGUAUAUCUAUAAGGGUGGCGACAUAUGGUGUAUUUUAUCUACUUUACGUAAAAUCAUGAAUAAUGGAUUACAUUUAAAUAUUUUAUGUCAAACUCAAUAAAAGUAAUAUUUAAAACACCCACCUAUACAUUUCUUCAUAAAUUGGCAGGCUUGGCGAGUACUACUUCUAAUAAAAAUAGCGUCCAAGUUGCAAGACUAUGUCGCUACCCCCUUAAAUAUACAAGAAUUUCCCACUGGCACCUAUUGUUUGACAGGUCGUUGGAAUGCCUAAUUUUCGAUUUUGUCUCAAGGGUAUGGUUAUGUUUGAUUGUUAUUUUUUUAAUUUCCCAAACAUUUCAAGUUUAAAUAAACUCAAAUUUAUUUUUUAUGAGUAGAAUUAAAACCUCAAACAAUGUCAACCUCUAUGGAAGAUGUGCUUUUGCAAGUGUCGCAGGUUCGGUACAAAAAGGGGGAUGGCACACUCUUUCUUAUGGACCAAAGACUCAUUUGGAUGGUAGAAAAUAAAGAUACUGUGGUAGUAUCGCAUCCUUAUGCUGAUAUAAAAUCACAAAAAAUUUCACCUGAAGGAAAAGCCAAAGUUCAGUUACAAGUUGUUCUUCAUAAUGGCGUUUCUUCUACUUUUCAUUUUACUAAUAAAACAGGGAUUCACGGUCAGUUAGCUGAUAGGGAUAAGGUUAAAGAAAUGCUGCAGACUUUGCUACCAAAGUUUAAGAGAAAAGUAGAUAGAGAGCUGGAAGAAAAGAACAAGCUACUCUCAAGUAAUCCUGCCUUACUACAACUGUAUAAAGACUUGGUUAUGACUGAAGUUGUGACCUCUGAAGAAUUUUGGUCUCAACAUGCUCAACAGUAUACUGAAAAACAAAAACAGCAACCACAAGAAAUUGGUGUUUCUGGAGCAUUUCUUGCAGAUAUCAAGCCCCAAACAGAUGGUUGCAAUGGCCUUAAAUACAACAUUACUCCUGAUAUUAUAGAAUGUAUAUUUAAAACAUAUCCUGCAGUAAAAAAAAAGUAUAUAGACAAUGUCCCAUCUAAACUAAGCGAAUCUCAAUUUUGGACAAAAUUUUUCCAGUCACAUUAUUUCCAUAGGGACCGAAAAUAUGCAGAAAGUAAAGACAUAUUUACAGAAUGUGGUAAGAUUGAUGACCAAGAAAUGAAAAAAGACAUACAGACAGGUGUAGAUGACCCCUUUGUUAAUUUAACUGAGUUUGAAGACAAAACAUUAGAUGAAGGAUAUGGUACUGGAUCUAAUCAAUUACCCGGUCAUAGUGGCACUGUUAGUCAAGCAAUGAUUAAAAGAUUUAAUCAACAUUCAAUAAUGGUUCUAAAAUCAUGUACAACCAAAACAACUGCAACGCCUGCACAACAAAAUGGAACUGAUCCUAAUUUUUCAAAUAUAAAUGGUGAGAACACGAGUGGUGAAUCUACCACUUCAGCUGCAGUGGGUAAAAGAAAGAGACUGUUAGAAAAAAUAACUUAUGAUGAUUUAGAAGAUGUCGAAUCUAAGAAAAAUGCUACAAGUGUUCACUUAAAUUUAUCGAAGAUUGAACGUUAUCUUCAUGGACCAAUGCCAGAUUCUAAUACUGACUAUAUAAAUUCAAGUGAAGCCUCUUCAAUUUUAAGAGGUGUAAUUCAAGAGACUAGACAGUGGAAUAGUAGGUAUCCAGCUACUUCAUUAGUAACCCCUGCUGCUGCUGUAGGAGCGUUAGGAGAACUGUCUCCUGGAGGGGCCCUCAUGCGAGGUUUCCAGGAGCAAUCGCUUGCACAAUUAGUACCCCCUGAUAUAGAAAAAGAGGUUAGGAAUCUCUAUUUAGCCUUAUGUGAGUUACUGAAACAUUUCUGGCGAUGUUUCCCUCCCACAACUUCUACUACAGAGGUCAAGUUAAUCAAAAUGCAUGAGGCAUUGAAUAGGUUUCAUACAGCUAAAUUAAAACCGUUCGAGGAUAAACUAUUAAGGGAACUUUCGCCUCUCUCACAUCACCUUACCAAACAUUUGAAUCAGUUACUGAAUGCAGCAUAUCAAAAGUUCAGUAACUGGCAGAAGAUCAAAAGUCGAUGAAAUCCCAAAACUGCCAAUUUCCAGUAUUUUUUAAUUUGAAGAAGAAAAGAAACAUAGAAAGAAAUAGCAAUACGAAACAAGUUUACAGUACCUUUUAAUUUUUUAUAUAGUUCUCAGUUAUUUCUU